AGCUCAUAAUAAUGAAACGCUCCUAGACCACGCUACGAAGUACCUUUGCAUCUUUGAAUGGCACCUAGCUCAAGUUUUCUUGCUAUCGCCACGCCGGUACACAUCGCGGAGCCCAUCCUAACCAUCGUUAUCGGCUUUACCUUCCAUCUCGCAUCGUCUAAGAUCCUCUAUACCUUCCACGGGGCGCAGCAGUCGACAUCGUGGUGUAGAAUGCCGCCGCACGACCAAGUUCGCAAUGGCAUUCACGAUCGAAACCUCGACGACCCUCCCUGUGGGCGACGUUAGCGACUUAACCAAACACAACCAUGGGGACUAACAGAGACCGAGCGGCAAAGCCGUCCAAAGGCUAUCCAAUGCCGUUGGUCUUCAACGCCUUCAUGCGCGGCGUGCUCAACUUCACGGGCAUCGACCGUGCUGUCGAGAUCUAUGAAUUGAUGAAAGACUACUGCUGGGCCAUGGACUCAAAGGCCUCGUGCGAUUUCUCGAAGCCGCUGACCGUUAAGGCCCGCGAUUGGGCAAACGGCAACUUCAUUUGGAAGGAGUUCAGGGCGCUGCGCACGAAGAUUUAUGGGAAGGUUUGGAUCGGUUCCUCUGGUCGGGCGCUCUUCGUGAACACAUGCCGCAAGAAGGAGCAUUACAAGGCCUAUGAGACGACUUCUAAAGAAGUUUUGUAUACAAGAAUGGUGUCAACGCCCACCGCUUGAACCAAGAAAUCGCCAAGCUUCCUCCCGUGUUCAGACAGCCCGGUGAGCAAUCUUAUAUUAAGGCCCUACGCAAUGUGGGAGGUGCGCAGAAUCAAUUCGAUGACGUUGAAGAUGAGUCCUUGGAACGGCUAGUGGACGAGGUAUGCGCGUAUAUGAUGCCGGAGGACUCUGGACGUAGCUGUGGACAGUAAUGUUAGCAGACAAUUCCCUCUGCGAUUGAGUCGCGUCCGAGUCCGCCUCCAGUCGACCCCGCUUUGGGUUCUCGAAGUAUGAUAACGUACUCCACAAGCGAGCGGCCCACCCAAGCGAGUGGCCCACCUCACAAGCAAAUCGCAA